UUCAAACGCCGUCUUCAUCUACAGCGCACUGAGUCUGUGCGCCACUUGUAAAAUGAACUGUGUGACUGAAUAAUUAAUAGUCAAACUGAUUAGUGUGUGUAAUCUCAUCUAGGCAUGUGACGUGACAGGCUGCAUCAUUAAGUCUGAUACUACCAUUAGUAUAAAAACCUAAUUAGAGGAGGCGAGCGCAUCUUUCAUUAGAGUCCCUCAAAGGUUUGCUCGUCUCCCACGCUGUCGGCUCCGCGUUGGGCUCCUGAAAACGUUGCUGGAAAGCAGGUCCGAGUUGAGAAUGCAGCGGCUGAGUGAUAAUGAACAAGGCAGCAGUGUUUCCACAGAGUUGUUUCUUUGUCUAAAUGACUGAGCCUGCUCUCUAAUCUGGGUUAUCUGGCUCUAAUCAGCUUAGCCCCCUGCUACUCUCACUGCUGCUGCUGCUGGGUGGGCACUUUCUCUAGUUCUGUCUUUACGGUUGUUUCGCACAAACACCUGCUGAAGUGAUAGAUUGGAAGCGAAUAUUCGGUUUCGGCUUUGAGGAAGACUUUCAGGGAGACACGUCCGAGCCGUGGCCAUGGCUGAAUGUCGAGCGAUGGGUUCAGCUGAGGGGGCGCCCGCCGGAGGCGCGUACCCCAGAAAAAUACUGGAAUAUAUGGAAGGCUUCCUUAUCUCAAAGACCGUGUUCACGUCCUGCGAGCUCGGGGUGUUUGACGUGUUGUUGGCUGCAGAGCGCCCUCUGUCUGCGGAGGAGAUCAGUGAGGCGGUGGGCGCCAGUCUGGACGGCACCCAGAGGCUCCUGGCUGCCUGCACGGGCCUGCAGCUGCUCAACACACACCAGGACAGCGGACGAGUGUUUUACAGUAACACGGAGCAGGCUAGUGUCUACCUCACGCGCUCCAGUCCUUUGUCUCUCCAUCAGUCCAUCCAGUACAGCUCCAGGACCAUCUACCUCUGCUGGCACUAUCUCACUGAUGCCAUCAGAGAGGGAAGAAACCAGUAUGAAAAGGCGUUUGGAGUCGACUCUAAAGACCUGUUUCAAGCCCUCUACAGGUCUGAUGAGGAGAUGGUGAAAUUCAUGCAGCUAAUGAACUCUAUCUGGAACAUCUGCGGCAGGGACGUGGUCAGAGCCUUCGACCUCUCACCCUUCAAAGUCAUCUGUGACCUUGGAGGCUGCAGUGGAGCAUUAGCCAAGCAGUGCACGUCAGCCUACCCAGAAUGCACCGUGACGAUCUUUGACCUCCCCAAGGUGGUGCGUACGUCGAGGGAACACUUUGUCAGUGAGGCUGACCAGAGGAUAAGCUUCCGCGAAGGGGACUUCUUCAAAGACCCUCUGCCAGAUGCUGACCUCUAUAUUCUUGCCAGGAUCCUCCACGACUGGACAGACGAACGCUGCAUUGAGCUGCUGCGUAGAAUCUAUGGAGCCUGCAAACCAGGAGGCGCCGUGUUGCUGGUGGAGGCCCUGCUCAAAGAGGACGGUUCUGGCCCACUGACAGUCCAGCUCUACUCCCUGAACAUGCUGGUGCAGACGGAGGGCAGAGAGAGGACAGACGCUCAGUACGCUGCCCUGCUGGCCGCUGCAGGCUUCUCCAACAUCCAGCACUGCCGCACCGGAAAGAUCUACGACGCUGUGCUGGGACACAAAGACACCUGACAGACGAGGGAGGAUGUUGUUGACACCGUAAGUCUGUCGAGGCUUACAACACCUUGAACAAAUGUUCUGCUCAUAUGGUAGUUUUUUUUUUUUUUUCGAUGAAUAUGAUCUUGAGUUUCUAAGAGUAAGAUUAAAACUACCAAAUCUUUUUUUUUUUUUUCACUGAGUCUGUAUGAUAUAUAAAAAUAUUCAAAUUCAGUUCCCACUGUUCAGAUCUGGAUACUGUGCUUUUCUUUUCAUGACUUUUCUCUUAAUGUUUGCUCGUUCUGAACACUCAGUAUCAACUACACUUGGCUUCAGAACAUCAGUGCACUCCGUGAGCGUGACGCUCAUUACGACAUUACAUAUCAGAAACAGGAAAAUGUGCCACAAACAAGUGAAAAAUGACGGCUCAUUUCUAGAACGGGAAGCAGACCGAUCAAAGCAAAGCAAGUCAGACAAGCGCUCUGAUUUUAUUUGCUCUGUCAGAAUUCGUCUGGGCCUACUUCCUCUCAAAGAGAUUUUUAACCAGCCCUUCUUGUGCCAGGUCAGUCGCAAUCAUUUAUCUCACAAUGACGGCGUUUAAUGCGAUGACUUGUCCUAGUACUGCCAUCGCGGCACUUCAGAUGCUCAAAUGCGACAGCCUUUAAUUCGUUUCUAUUUAAUUGACGGCCCUAAUGUAACCGUGGUGUCCAAAUGUAGCAUUGAUUUUAACCAAAGUGGCCAACACUGGAAACACUUACUUACUUGUCCCGUAAGUGGGUGCUGUUAGAAACGUUAUUCUUAUCAGAAUUAUCAGAACUCUUUCUGCCCAUUUGAUCGGCACCCAAGUCCUAAAGAAGCCUUGAAAGAAAGCUGGUAAGUGGAACUAGGCAGCUUGAAGGGCGCCGCAAGAACAGCACCAGCUAGGCAGCUGGCAUGAAAUGGGCCGACAUUUAAUAUUAAUAGCUAAUUUAUUACAUGUCUGCAAGUGGAAAAUAAAUGACUAGAAAGGAUUGCUGUUAUUACGCCCUAUCGAUGCAAAAGCUUGAAUUAUUGCGCUGCUGCUUAUCUCUAUCAACAAAACCACACGUAAUAUUUGCACUUUAUUUUGAAAGGAAGUGUCACACAAAUGCUAAAUGACAAUAACUCCUAAUUUCUGAAUGUGUGAUAUUUUAAUGUGGCACAUUCGCUCUGAUUGGUUGUACAUCUCUCUAUAUUGGUCUGGGUCCAUUUAUAUUAAAAAAAAAACCUUGUAAAGCACAGCAUUAACAAAGAGGUUCCAGGCUUAUUUGCAUUUGUGCAUGUGUCUGGUGAUGCUAGACUGUGUCUAAUCUACACUUGUGGAGUAUUCUAGUCAUGAACUGACAACGUUUAAUUCCUCCCUGAGUCAUUCUUAUCUACCACACAUUCACAAAGUACUGGAUUGAUGAAAAAAUAUAAAACUCCACAUUUCAUCAUUUAUGCUGCUCAUAGUAAAUCCAAGACCCUAGUCUUUGUAUUGAUGAGUGUAGAACAAAGAAAGCAAUACUUUUUUUGAUGUACACUGAAAUAGUUAAUAUGGUCUCUUGUGUAGAUGUUAAUGUCUCUGUGGCCUGUUAUCUUUAUGUUAGGUGGUGAAGACGGCUGAUGGCUGACUAGUGAUUAUUAGUCUUCAGUGGCAGUCCUGAACAAAUAGGUACAUUCAGUUGCGUGACCAAAAAUAAGUCAACAGACUGGGCUUUUGUUAAGGUGAGCACACUAACUUAAUAUGAACUUUCACAUUUGCGAAGACAAUAUUUUCUCCUCGAAGCUUUCUGUCAAAGUGUUGAAAGACCUUGUAAACUUGAUUAGUGCCAGGCAAUUCAAAUGUAAUUAUCCAAUAGAAAAUAGAAAACUCUAACCCUCUGCAGGAGCAAGUCUCUAAAAUGAACCAAACCAUUUAUUCACUCCUCAUUAAUUGACUUUAGAUAGAAUUUAAUGUGUGUAUGUAUAAUUAAUGUACCCUUUUAACCAAAUUUUUUAAACAAUCAGCACGGAAAUCCAAAGUUAUUCCAAUUUCCAUCGGCUCCUCUUAUGCAAAUAUUUGCGUAAAUCUUUGCUGUUUGUGGCUCUAAUUCUAUAGUGGGAUGCCUCGUCAUUGACGUCACUGAAAAAAAAUGACAACAAAAAUCUCAAAAAAAAAUAACAUGCAUAAAAAUUAGUUUUAUGUUCGUUUAAUGUGUUUCUUUGUGAAAGUUCAGUUUCCUCGUCUGUUCCCAAAGCCACUAGUUUUUCUCUCUGCAUGAUGAAAACACUUCACUUUCUUUCCACCAAUCUUUUUUUUUGACCCCAGACAUGCUCAAAAUGUUUUUGCUGUAAUGUGAUUUUAUUUUAUUUGAUUAGAUUUUUUUUAAACCUAUUGUUAGUUUCACAAAUUGAAUAUGUCACAGACAGCUUUGAUAUAGUACAAUAAAUUACAGUAACUUAAUUACAGUAGGCUGAUAUGCGUCACUACUUCAAGGACAUCCACAGUUCUGAUACUAUUUCUGUAGCUCCACCAGUGAGGGGCAGUGUAGAAUUACAUGACACAUGAAUCAUAUUCUUAAUUAGUACUUCAUCUGGUUUUUGUGCAAAAAAAUUACAUCUUGAUUAUGUCUCAUUAAUGCUCAUUAUUCUGUCACUCUGAGUGUUUUCGAGGGUGUUCAGUUUUAUGAAUUGUGAAGUGGGUUUGCACUAAUAGAGGGCAUGAAGUUGGCCUCUAAAUACAAUCACACAAAGGAAAACACUGAGUGUUAAAAGAAUGCGUCUGACAAUGCAAUACCGAAACGUUCAUAUUCUAUCAAUAGUCAUUCUGCUCCAAAUCCAGACAAUCAAGUAUGACUGAGCCCAGUCCAGCCUUAUUCUGUUGUAAAAGAUUAGCUCUACACUGCAAAGGUCAAAGCCUAUUAGAUGGUAUGCACAGUGAGCUUUCAGUCUCAUUGCUAAGCAGAUGAACUUCCUUGCAUAUCUGCACUCAUCUUUCAAUCCUAAGCCCUGUGUCUGAACUUCUCACUUUUCUCCCCCCCGUUCUUAACAGCCUCGUAAAGCUGCCUUUGUACUGUGGUCUUUGUAAUGACAGACGUGACUCAAUAAAUCUUCUCCUCAAUG